UGCAGUUAUUGAUUGACUGGAGUGCAGGACGCCACGCGCUUUCAUUUGGUUGUGUUGGACCAAGACAUAAUGGAGGAUCGUGGGUGGGUGUACAAAGGAGGAACACUACACUGUGAUGGGAUGUCCCUGGAGAGGUUGCGGGAACACCUCCGUCAGGAGUUUGGUCAUCUGUCCUCACCCGCAUUUGUGUACUCUUCCGCCACGCUCCACAGCAGCGUCCUCAGGUACAAGGACGCCCUCACUCCACUGGGCAUGAAGGGUGUUCUCUCGUACUCGGUCAAGGCCAAUAGUAACCCCGGGGUGGUGGAGGCGCUGAGAGAGGCCGGUGUGACCCUGGCCACCACCGUCAGCGGGAACGAGGUCUUUUUGGCCCUACGAGCUGGUUUCCUCCCCCACCAGGUCAUCCUCAACGGUAAUGGCAAGCACAGGUGGGAAGUAGAAUUGGGGGUUCGACGUGGGGUACUCCUCAACGUCGAUUCGGUGUUUGAUGCCCGGCAGCUGGUAAACGUGGCGCGGGAGUUGGGUGUGCGGGCGCGGGCACUGGUACGUCUUAAUCCCGCCUUGGACGCCCACACACACCCGUACCUAGCCACCGCCCUCGCUGACUCCAAGUUCGGCGUGGAAGUCGACCAGGUGGAGGAGGUGCUGCAGGUGUUGUGUGAGGGUGGUGAUGGUGGGUGUGUGGGUGUGGAGGGCGUGCACAUCCACGUAGGCUCGGCCAUCACACGCCUUCAGGUAUAUGCCGAAAUGAUGCAAGCGGCUACCCACACACUCAAUCAGAUCCGUGAUAGUGGGUGGCAGAAGGCAUCCAUGAUUAACCUGGGGGGUGGCCUCAGUGUGUCUUACGAGCCACCCAUUGAUGGCGGCUACCACCAAGAAGAGACUAUACCCACCUCGCUCAUUAACCCUACUUCGCCUCUGUCGUCCAAAAAGAGAAUUACACCGGAGACUACGAAAGGUACACCGAACUCGCUAAUAACGAAGGAAACCACGCCAAACAAACCAAGAACCAAAGAAACCACUCCUAACUCAUCAAUGACCAGAGAGAACACGCAGAAAUCGAUCAGAGCCACACCUAGUUCUACAGUGACGGAGGCCACACCGACACCUCAAGAAUUAGUCGAAACAAUCCUGCCCUACUUACCUGAAGGGGCAACCUUAGUGCUGGAACCCGGCCGGUCCCUGGUGGCGACUGCCGGUGUAGUGAUGACGGAGGUAAUGGGAGUUAAGACCAACGCUGGCCGGGAGUUCGUGGUGGUGGACGCUGCCAUGACAGAGGUGAUUCGUCCAGCCCUCUAUGGAGUCCACCACCCAAUCUGUUACGUCACCACACCCUCCGCCCACCAGGAGGUGGCGGAGGUGGACGUGGUGGGACCCGUGUGUGAGAGUGGUGACUUCCUGGCCCGCCGAUGCUUCCUCCCUCGUCCCAGCGCCUCAGGAGAUGCCCUUGUGGUGUGGGCGGCCGGGGCCUACUGUGCCUCCAUGGCCUCUAAUUACAACCUCCGCCCACAUGCCCUCGAGGUUUUAGUUCAUAGCCCAGACAGCUAUAAGGUGCUCCGACGUCCUCAGGAGUUCGAAGACCUCGUCAGGGAGUUCCUCUGAUGGGUGUAAAGCUGUUUUUUUUUGGGGGGGGAGGGGGGUUAGUUCAGGGGUGUUACUGGUUGAUCCAGUGUAAGUCACGGCUCUUGCUGAUUGGUCCACUGCAGAUCAAGGUUCAUGCUUGUAGUAUCUUGCCUUAUUUAAUGGGAGAAUUUCAAGCACAUACAUAUAUAUAUAACAAUGCUGAUUGGUCCAGUGCAGAUCAAGGCUUUUGCUGAUUGGUUCAUUGCAGCUCAGAGCCCUUGAUGAUUGGUCCAGGACUGGGAUAAGACGCUCUCCUGUAGAUGAUUGGUUUUUCAGGAUACAGUGAUGGGUGAUUGGCUAAGCUGAUACACAGUACAAGAUCGCCCAUAAACAAAGAUUCUGUAACAAUAGAUCACUGAUAGUACUAUAAGAUUUGGUCUUAAUUACUUUAGCUUAAAUAUACUUAUAUUUCCAUUGUUAACAUUGUUUUACAUUAAAUGUAGACCGGGUUGUUGUUUAUUUGAUUAAAGUAACACUUGUAUGGCAUAAAUAUAAUACAAGUAUACUGUGUAAUUGUGUCUAUGUGUAUGUAUGUGUGACAGGGUUGGAUUAACCAUUAAGCAAAAUAAGCACGUGCUUAGGGCACCAAAAGAAGGAGGCACCACAGGUUUUUAUUCUAAAGGUAUUAUGCCUUGUAGUUACCAGAUCAUAUUUGCGAUAAAACGUAAUAGGCUAGUGUAAAAACCGCCGUAGAAAAUGGGUGAAAAAUAUUUAUCCCAUUUUGUUUAACUAUGCUUUGUAAGGGUUUUAAAACAAGAAAACCGUGCCCUUUUUUGGUUUUUUAAAGGACACGUUGCCCAAUGGAAAACGGCCUUAUUUUAUAAGCGUUCAAGAACGUUCCUGAACGUCCGAAAUUGUCUAAGUUCGUUCCCUGGCCUCUCAGCCCUCACUCAGGCUCUUGCAGUAUCAACGAAAUGUGUAUUUUCACGUGUGGUGUGAUGUGGAUUGUGUAAAGUAACAAGUAAGUUCCUGAAUUUCUCAUUAAUUAAAUUUUUUAUGUUUACAAAAUAAAGAGGUAGAUAUUUUAACUAUAUAAAUAUAUUGUUACUAAAUUAAGAGCAGUAACUCUAGGCCUAGUUGUUAUAAUAAAUAAGGUUAAAUCAAAACUGUCUAAUUUAAGUGAUUUUUUAAUUAUCAUAUGUUGAAAAACUUCAACACUUUUUUUAUUUCUUAAUUGUCUUUAACUGUAUUCGUUCUAGUUCUAGUCUAACAUCAGUGAUGAGAAAAUGGGCAACUUAUUGAGCCCUUUUUAACAUUUCUAGAACUAGCAAGCCAUACUGGUGAGGAAAUGGCAAACCAGGUGUUGCAGUACUUAGGUCAUGUUUGAAAAACUAAAUUUUUCAAAAUGUAGGGGUCAGUCCUACGACAAUGCUGCUACCAUGUCUGGGCGUUAUAGGGUUGUGCAGCAAAAAAAUUUAGAAGAAAAUAAGUUUGCCAUAUAUGUGCCAUGUGCAGCCCAUUCACUAAAUCUGGUAGGCCGAAGUGCUGUUGACUGCUGUCAAGUGGCAGUUAAUUGUUUCUCAACAGUACAGUUGCUCUAUACAUUUUUUUCAACCUCAACCAGCCGGCGGAAAAUUCUUAAAGUUAGUCUUGGAAAUGAAAGCGUGUUAAAAUCCCUUUCUGAUACCAGAUAGGAGGCACAUGCUGUGGCAGCAGCAGCAACUCUUAAGUCUUUCUUUAAGAUAUUGGAAGCCUUAGAAAGUCUAGCAGAAGACUAAUCACAAAAAGGAGACACUAGAAGAGAAGCAGACAAUAUUACAAAUAAGAUGCAAGAGCUAGAAUUUGUUUUAAUGUUGAUCAUAUGGGACGAGAUUUUGCAAAAGUUUCAUAGACCGAGUAAAGUUCUACAAAGUGAGGACAUGAACUUGAAAACAUGUGUAGAUCUGUAUGCGUCAUUAACUGACCAACUCUGCAUUUUACGAGAUGACUUUGAAAGAUUUGAAUCACUCGCGAAGGAAAUCCUAACAGAUGGAGAUUAUAAAUGCAGGGCAAACUCGCAAGCGUAUCAGAAAGUAGGUACCCAAUGACGGAGAUGCAAUAGAAGUAAAUCUGAACCCCAGAGAUAAAUUUCGUAUCACCACCUUUUACACAAUUGUUGACAAACUCGAAACCCAGAUGAGAAGAGGAGGAGAGGUGUACACAGAAAUAGCGGACAGAUUUUCUUUUCUAAGUGAUGUACCAAAUGUUGUAUCAUCAUCUACUGAAACUAAGAGGCAUGUUCAGUGUUCUCAAAGGCUAAUUGAUGCUUACCCAGAGGACUUGGACAUUAAUUUCUCUACUGAGCUUCAGCAGUUUCACUCAUAUGUGCGCCAUAAGUUCAGUGCAACUGAAACUGUAAAAACCGGAUUCAGUCACGCUGAACUUUAUAAAAUAAUUUUAGAAGACAAACUUGAAUGUGCUUUUCCAAAUGUAGAAAUUGCAUUUCGUAUUUUUUAACAUUUAUGCUCACAAAUUGCACAGCUGAGCGUUCGUUUUCUCAGCUGAAGCAGAUUAAAAAUCAUACAGAACAACUAUGCGACAAGAAAGGUUGGAUGCCUUGUCUCUGCUAAGCAUAGAAGCAGAUUUGCUACGGCAGAUUAGUUUUGAGGACUUGAUCAAAGACUUUGCAAUUAAAAAAAGUAGGGUCACAAAUAGUUAAAGCAUAAGUAAAUUUAUAAGUAUUAUUAGGCGAUUUUAAUCCAUGUACAUGCAAUAUGUUAAAAGUUUGUAUUUUAAUUUUCUCUCUUAUAACAAUUUAUU